GCGGCUGGCGUCGAGGUGUGGCGGCGAGGCUCCGCGCGAGGGAGCGCGGGGUAGCGGCGGGCGGGGGCCGAGGGCGGCUGCGGAGGGUGCCUGGGCUUCCUGCGGGGUCUGUCCUUGUCCGGAGGCCGCCUCGGCCCCUCCGCGUCGCGCCUCCCGGCCCGGCUGUACCUUGGCGCGGCGGGCCCGCCCCGGGCUUCGGCUCCGUCCCUCCGGCGGCCGCUGCGCUCGGCGGCUCCGUCCCUCCGGCGGCCGCUGCGCUCGGCGGCUCCGUCCCUCCGGCGGCCGCUGCGCUCGGCGGCUCCGUCCCUCCGGCGGCCGCUGCGCUCGGCCCUGUAGUGCCGCAGCCGCGCGCCGCCUCCCGGCGCGGGCCUCCGUGGUGCGGGUCGUCCUGGGCCUCGGUUCGUGACGGCUCAGCGGGGCGGAGCGGCCUUGUCUCCGUCCUUUUUGCUGUGACCGUAGCAGCUUAAGGCUAAGUAAGCGUCCGAGUUGUUUGAAACAAUUACUGUGAAGCGCCGUGUGUCCUGGUGGCAAGAUGGGAUUCUGUUCUAAAUUGCACUGGGUGGCACCCGUCCGCUCCUUCUCUGCUUGAAUCGAAUACUCCGUAAAUCGGAAAGAAUAGAUUUUCUAUUUGCUGUGUGGAGAAUGGACUGGAAAAGAGAAGGAAGUGGGAGUUCGUGCAGGAAGCUGUUGCAGAAGCCCAGAGUUGCAGUUUUCCUUCAGCAAACCUCUUUUUUGGUACUUCGUGGCAGAAUGUUUUCAAACCCAUGCCUGGGACCAACCAGGACACUGAGUGACCCAGGUGUCUGGGUGGAGGCCUGAGCAGGGAGAACGAAGGCGCUCCUGGAAGGAACCUGCAGAGGAUAGCAGCAUGGACGGGAAAGCCCAGGACAGCAGCAGAAGCCUUCCCCGCAGAGCAGUGCCCCCAGCCGUGGGGCUGCUGCUCUCUAUGGCUCUCAUGAAUGCUCUCCUCUACCUCUGCCUUGACUGGUUUUUCAUCGCCCCUCCCCACUCCACUCCGGGCUCCACCUACUGUCCCCACGGACAUUUCAGAAUGGGACAGAUGAAAAACUGUUCACCGUGGCUGUCCUGUGAGGAGCUGAGGACAGAAGUGAGGCAGCUGAAGCGUGUUGGGGAAGGAGCCGUGAAGAGAGUCUUUCUGUCUGAGUGGAAGGAGCGCAAAGUGGCGCUCUCACGGCUCUCCCAGCUGGAGAUGAAAGAGGAUUUCUUGCACGGGCUGGAGAUGCUGAAAGGUCUACAGAGUAAAUACGUGGUCACCCUGCUCGGCUUCUGUGAGGACGACAACACUAUCCUUACUGAAUAUCACCCCUUGGGCUCCUUGAGCAAUCUGGAAGCAACGCUGAACCUUUCCAAGUACCAGAACGUGAACACGUGGCAGCGCAGGCUACAACUGGCUGUGGACUACGUCAGCAUCAUCAACUACUUGCACCACAGCCCCCUGGGCACACGCGUCAUGUGCGACUCCAACGACCUGCCCAAGACGCUGUCACAGUAUCUGCUGACCAGUAACUUCAGCCUCGUGGUGAAUGACCUGGACGCCUUGCCCCUGGUGAACCACAGCUCCGGGACGUUGGUGAAGUGUGGCCACCGGGAGCUGCAUGGGGACUUCGUGGCUCCAGAGCAGCUGUGGCCCUAUGGGGAAGACACGCCUUUUGACGAUGACCUCAUGCCCUCCUAUGACGAGAAGAUCGACAUCUGGAAGAUUCCAGAUGUCUCUAGCUUCCUUUUGGGGCAUGUUGAAGGGAGCGAUAUGGUCCGGUUUCAUUUGUUUGAUAUUCAUAAAGCCUGUAAGAGCCAGACGCCUGCAGAACGACCGACAGCUCAGGAUAUUCUAGACAUUUACAAGAAGGUUUUGAAUUUACUCAGAGAUACCAUGGUGUCCCAGACAAGAGAAAUGCUCUAGAAACCCAUCCUGUCAGUGAAGGAUGGGAACAAAUGGAAGAGAUGCAGCAAAUCUUGCUCUGAUGGUGAGGGUUUUGCUGUUCAGCUGUGUGGUCCUUCCUCUGCGUCCAUGUGCACCCGUGAGUGGCGUUCACCCCCCGGGGACCAGGGCAGAAGUUGCUGCAGGCACACUGGGUUUGACUGAAGUCCGGCCUCCCUCUCUCAUGCUGAUCACUCCCAGUGGAAGACGAGAGAAGCAGGAGUCUAGCCACAGCAGAAGAAAGUAACAAAUUAGCCACAAAGAGGCUUCCCUUGCCCUAAUUACUGAAUCUGGAGGAGUGUAAGAAAUGUAUAUAGAAAAGGUUUUUAAAUGGAAAGAUAUGAAAGAAACAUGCAGUGGUUUUCCAAAGAA